AUGACUGUUAAUCGAAUAAGAGUUGUGGUGCUGGGGAGUGCAAGAUGUGGCAAAUCCGCCGUGGUGGUUCGUUAUUUAACCAAACGUUACAUCGGAGAGUACAGCUCUACUGGUGAUUUCUUGUAUCAACACCGAGUGGCGUUCGACGGCGCCACGUCUGAAGUGGAAGUUUUAGAUACGUGCGGUUGUGCGAAACGCGGUUGUCUAGCAGAACAUCUUCGAUGGGGCGAUGCUUUCGCCGUCGUCUACUCGGUCUGCGAUAGACGAUCGUUCUUGGCAGCUGCCGAAUUGCUCGCUCUGUUAGAAAGGACAAGGCUGCCUGGAUGCACAGCUGUUACACUGCUUGGCAAUAAACGGGACCUGGAACAUGCCAGAGUUGUUAAAGCAGAAGAGGGUCAGGAGCUAUCGUUAAGGUUCAGUUGUCAAUUCUACGAGGUAUCUGCAGCAGAGUCAUGCGCGGGUGCUGCACUCGCAUUUCAUGCGUUGCUCCGAGAAGCGCGUGCUCUAGCAUUGUUGUUACCACCACGGCGAAAGCUUGCCGCUUAUUCUGUGUCUAAGGUAAUAGGCUCAAUUCUCGGUCUGAGUAACAAGAGUGUCAGGAAGAAACGACCAUCACUAAGCAUAUGA